UCAACUGUCGCCAGUCGGCAGCAGAAAAUCGAAAUUUCAUCAUUCGAUGCAGCAUAAUUCAUGGUGGUGUUCAUCAAACAUCAAGUCUCACCGCAUUAUUGAUCACCCAAGUACAAUUUGUACAAACUAUACAACGUCGAUAUGAACUGAGCCGUGCUUAUUUUACAAAUUUACAAAUAUUGUACAUUAAUUGCUACUUCAAUUAUCAAGAUGCCUUCAUUUAAUUCUUGGAAGGAAGAGAUGGUUCAUAAAGUCACUGAAGUAUGCAAGGAUGGGGUGGGAAACUGGGUUGAAUUAAUUGAAACACUUGGAGUGCCUGACAUGAUUCGAGCAGAAUGGUGUAAUACCUACCUGAAGGAAAUGAAACAUGCAAUGUUAGAAAUGCACACAGAUUUGGAGGAGAGGCAGAGAAAUAUGCAGCAGGUGAUUAUUGAUCUGAGGACCAAAGUGAAUGAUUUAACAUUUGAACUGGGCAUUCCAACCAAUUAUCCUCAUGAGCCUAACUUAUAUCAAGAGGAAAACAAGUUAAGAAGCUACUGUGUAGAUUUGGAAGAACAAUUGAAGAGAAAACAUGAAGAUGUGCAAACAUUACUAAAAAGACAAGAAAACAUUUGUGCUAUAUUGGGUAAACAACCAAAAGCACUCACUGAGAAACCAUUACCAUCUGCUGAAACAUUAGAAAAUUUUGUAUCAUACAUUGAAUCAUUAGAGGAUGAAUGCUUCCUGAGAGAAGAAAAAUUCACAACAAUACAAUUUGAACUUCAGAGUCUUGCAGCUGAGAUUGACUAUGAUGCUGUAAAUGAAUUUGAACAGCAAAUUCUAUGUGCUGAUUCCAAUGCAAACACCAAAUUUGAAGUCAAUGACAAGAACAUGAUUAAACUAGUUGCAUUCCAGCAAUCACUGCAACAGCAUGCAAACAAUGUUAAAACAGAAGUAGCGAUUUUUAUUGAAAAGAUAAACGAACUCUUCAAGACACUGGAAACUGAUGAGAAAUAUUGCGUUGCUUUCUUCAAUUCACACAAAGGAUAUAAUAAAAUAGCUGUUGCAGCCUUGAAGGGCGAGAUUAAGCGUCUGAGUGAACUUAAAAAGGCAAACAUUGAGAUGCUUGUGAAGCGUGCUCAAGCUCAGUUGACUGCCCAAUGGGAUAAAUGUCAUUAUAGCGAAAAACAAAGAAAAUCGGCGAUCAAUUUCGAUGAUGACUUGUACACUGAAAGUAUGCUCACUGUAUUGCAAAACGAAUUACAAAGAUUGACAAAACACUAUGAAGACAACAUAAAUUUAUAUGAAAGUGUACAAAAGUAUGAUGAAACAUGGCGGAGAGUUAAUGAAUUAGAAACACCAGAACAAGGCCAAAGUCGAUUCAGAAACCGAGGCGGAAAACUGCUUUUAGAAGAAAAAGAACGCAAAGUGGCUCGAAAACGGCUUGAAAGACUCGAACAGACAAUUGUGAAAUUGGGUGAAGAAUAUGCCCAACAAUACCGUGAGGAAUUCACCUAUAAUGGCCUCCCACUUGAGGAAUACCUCUUGGCUUGCCAAGAAGGAAGAGACGAACACAAGGCCGGUAAAUCUCUGGGCUCCACAAAAUCAUCGAAUAUAAUCGACACCAGCAAAAGUGCGCAGAAACUCACAAAACCUCUGCAUGCAAGUAACCCGCACCAUUCUCCAAGGCGACGAAUCCCAACACAAGGAGACAGCAAGACGAACGAAACCACCGCGCAGAAAACCCAAAAAUCUUCCAUGCCAGGAUGCACAAGAUCCGCCCGGGCAAGAGGGAACAAUCCAAUAAGAUCACGAAAAGUUCAGUUGAGGAAAGUUGCGCCCAUACCGAAUUUAAAAGAGAAAACUAAGCUAAUCAUUGAUGCAAUGCAGCAAGAAGAUAGUGAAACACACUUGGGUGUAAUCCACCGAUACAGUCAUUUUCAGAGAAUUUGUGAUACUACUAUGCCUGCACUGAUUAAUAACAGCAUAGAAGGCUUUGAUUCUACAAUGAACAGGAAAAGUACAAGUUGUUUGGAUUUGGAAAGUCCAUUGGCAGUGCCACUGGCACCAACGCCAUCAACAUCAGAUACCAGGCAGGAUAAUUUUGUCCAGAGUUUAACUCCAGACACACCAAAGUCUGAUCUUCAUAAUAUUACAAUGAGAAGAAUAUUUCACAGGACAAAAUAUGAUAGUAAUAUGUAAUAUAUUAAUUUUUACCUUGCUUUUAUUUUGCUAAGACAGCAGUUUUAAAAUUAUUUAUUUUUUGUUUUAAAGUUUAUAAUGAAUAUAAAAAGAAUGAAGUGAU